CUCUUGCUAUGUCUUCAAUCAACAGAUGGCACCAGCUUCACAGAUACUGCCAUAAAAUGGACUGUGCCAACUAUGAUUCCUAGACUCGUCCUUCAAGCCCACACCUUCACAUCCCUUAAUAUAUCAAUGGGAGUUGGAGGAAAAAGAAUUGAAAACCCUGAAAAAUUCAACUAUACACUGGAAAAUAAUCACACACAUGUUGGAAUAACAAUCCCAAUUGGAGCAUUUGGGGGCAGAUUUAAGAGCACUGUAUCUAAUGGCAUCUAUGGAAUGACAUGGAGUAUUGACUUAUUUUUGGAGCAUGCCUGGUCGGAUACAGACUGGCAGCUGACCAAGUAUACUGUGAUUAAACCAAUCACUACACCCUUCAUGCCACGAAUACCAACUGUAGCCAAUAACACCAUUCCAGAAACACGAGUGUUUGAUGUCAUGUUGGGAGUCUUCCUUCCUGAUGUCACUCUGGUAAUGCUUACAAUAGGAGGAAUACCUUUCACUCUCAAAGAAGCUGAGCAAAGGGGCUUCAAGAUCUCAGACAUUUCUUUCCGCACUGGAAUGAAGGGCUUUAAACUGGAAGUACCUUUUGAUGACCCCAUUGUUCAAAAAGAGUAUGUGAACAAGAAUGAAACUAAAUAUAACCUGCGUGUGAACUACACACUGAAUGUAGGCCCUGAGAAGAAGCUGUACCAUCAUUUUGCAGACAUAGAGUGUAUAAUUGCAGAUAUUGUACUACCAGAAGGCACUGGAUAUUGUGACAAAAUGAACAUGUAUUUAGCACUUCCAACUAAAGACAUUUACAAAUAUUGGAAUCUCUAUGUAGGCAAUAGGCCUCUAAAUCAGGCUACUGCCUUUUCAGAUGGCUACUAUCUCACUACAAAUGAUACUCAUCUUGUAUUACAAGUGCCUGCCUUUGCUCCUGGGAUUAUCUAUGAGGAAGUGUCAUUUGAAAGAAUCCAAGCUAGAUUUGACCUUACCCUGAAGAAAAUAACCACUAUGGAGACUGUGAAUAUCUUUUCAAUCAGGUGUAGUUUCUACUUCCUAGAAUUUGUAGUAUGCUAUCCUAAUGGGAUAAUGACUGUAUCUGCUGUUAUGAGGACAGUUCCAUCUAUUGACAUGAGCAAAACAAGACUGAAGGACAGGACAUGUAAGCCAAAAGAGUUUACCAAAGAACGAGCCUUCUUCCAGUUUCACGUUUCCACCUGUGGGACUUUGGUGAAGUUUGAAGGUGACCAUCUUAUUUAUGAAAAUGAAAUAUCCUUUGAAAGAGGGAUUCUUCCAGUACAGGGACAACCAAUUAUCACAAGAGAUCCAGGAUACAGACUAACUGUAUUGUGCUACUACUCAAUUAAAGAGACACUAACACAAAGAGCUACUAUAUUUGGCUCUGCAUCUGAAAUAUCUCAAUCUUCUGGCUUUGGGCCAAUAAUGACUAGGCCAAACAUUGCAGGCCAUAGACGAGUGAGACAAGCACUGAAUGUAAUUGCAAACAUGUUCAUGGAUGACUCUUUCACAGAAACUUAUGGUAAACAUUCAAUACCAUCUAUAGACUUAUGGGAGCCUGUGUUUCUUGAAGUUCAACUAAAAGAUGAAGCUCCUGGUACUGAACUAUACUUUGAUAAUUGUUGGAUAACUGAGUCUGAAGAGUUCAACAGUAUUUCUCAGUGGAAAUUCAUUUCAAAUGGAUGUGCGGACCAAACCAAUGGGUUUGUGAAGUUCUACCCAGUGUUUAAAAACAACAGAGUGAAAUAUCCUAAGCAUUUCAAAAGAGUGGGAAUUCAUAUAUUGAAUCUUCCUCUGAGAAAGGUAUACUUCCACUGCACAGUUACAGUCAAUAAUUCUCCUUGUGUGCCUCUUAAUGGUCUUCUCUGCAAACAAUGUGGCUUUGGAAGGAACCUUGAUCACCAUUCUGAAACUCUUCCUAUUAAUCAUGGUUAUGUUGUGGCUGGACCAGUCUUGAUUCUUCGUCGUGAAUAAAUUAAGGAGAUGGAUAUGCACAAAAGUUGGAUGUAGCUAGACAAUUCUACUUGCUGCAGUUGGAUUCUGGAUUCCCAAGAUUGGACUGCUUUAAAUGUACACAUCACAUUAGCUUCCUAUACUAUCAGAUCUCUAUAAAUUAAAAACAAGAAGUGUAAA